UCUAGUCUUUUUUUUUCAUAUAAUAUGGCCACACCACUAUUAAAAAACUUUCAAUAAAAAAAAUUAUAAAUAAAACCCUAAUGCAUGUCAAUGUUCAAUAUGCAAUCACAACAUACAUGUGCGUUGAUAUUGAUUUGUUUUUAAUUCAAAGAAAUGAGAAUUUCUCAACUGACGAAGAGAAGUUUAUCAGUCAGCUAAACUUAUUUGUAAUGUUUUAUCUGACCACAAAAAAUUAACUAGAAAAUGCUACUUAUUUCUGGUAAAGCUGUGAUACUUUCAUCUAAAAGUUUAGCACCUUCUCGUUUGAUUCAUCUAUCUUCACUUCCUUCAAGAAUAAACUCAUUAAUAACUCCCAGACUCAGAUACUCAAAGUAUAAUAAUAAUUUGUUUCCAUUCAAACAAAAACCCCAAUUUAAAUCAAAGUUUUUAUUUAACAAUGUCAGACAUAAUUCAGUGAGAGAUAAUUCCACGAGUCACAAUGAUUCUGAUUUCAGCAACUCUGAUCUCAAUAAAUUGUUAGAGAAAAAUCUAAUUCAUAGGCCUUCAUUCUCAUCGUCUUAUUCUGCAUAUUCUCCAAGUUCAAAUACAAUUCGUUCAACGAUAUUUAACCGGUAUGGAAAUGUAAUAACUUUAUCCACAAAUCUUCAAAGAUCAGAUUUAAUGACAAAAUAUAAUCUAUUACCAAGAGAUAUUCGAAAAAUUGACUACAAAGCAACUCAUCAAACCAAUAUGGUUCCAUCCAUUUUGGUUCGAGGAGACUUAAUACUAAUUAAUCUAUUGAAUAUAAGAGUUCUUAUCAAAUCAGAUACUGUGAUUUUAUUUGAAUCAAUGGGUUUAUCUAAUUCUCAUUCGAGAAACUUGUUAUUAUAUGAUUUACAAAACAAAUUACAAAGUAAAGAUUCAAGAUUACCUUAUGAAAUUAGAGCAUUGGAAGCAAUUUUCAUAUCCGUAAUAUCUAACUUGGAUUCAGAAAUGAAGAUAAAUCGAACCGUAAUCAAAGGGGUUUUAUCCGAUUUAGAAAAUCAUAUUGAUAGUGAAAAUUUAAGAUAUCUCUUAAUUCAAAAUAAAAAAUUAUCGAAUUUUUAUCAAAAGGCAAAAUUAAUUAGAGAUGUUAUAGAUGAUAUCUUGGAUGAUGAUGAAGUUUUAUCAAGUCUAUAUUUAACGAAUCCAAGGACCAAUAUAGAAGAUCAUGCUGAAGUCGAAAUGUUAUUAGAGACUUAUUUCAAACAUUGUGAUGAAAUUGUUCAAAUCGUAGAGACUCUUAUGUCUAAUGUUAAAACCACUGAAGAGAUUAUAAAUAUAAUUUUGGAUACAAAUAGAAAUCAGCUCAUGUUAUUGGGUUUAAGAUUUGCUAUCGGUUUAUUAAGUUUGGCCUCAAUAAUUUAUGUUGCAAGUUUAUAUGGAAUGAAUUUAGAAAAUUUUAUUGAAGAAUCUUCUUUUGGCUUUAGCUUGGUUGUUGGGCUUAGUUCAUUCGCUUUAUUGGUUUUAUUUGUUUAUAGUUUAAGAGGUUUAAACAAAUUGGAAAAGAUAACAAUGAUGAGAGCAAAACAUUCAUAUAAAUAAUAUUUAUUAAAUUAAAAGGUUUUUUGUGUUGGAACAAGUUAGCUAAAGUCAGCGAAAUUUAUGAAAGCAAAGAAUGUAUAUAUGUAUAUACCUAUUAAUAUAAAUAAAUGAAUAGCUAAAUAAUUUAAUUUACAUAUAUAGAUAUAGAUAUGAAGCAGCCAGUUGUUAAUAUAGUAU